AUGAGAUCCAAGUUCAAGGACGAGCAUACCUUUGAGAAGAGACGUGCCGAGAGUGAGCGUAUCCGUCAAAAGUACUCGGAUCGUAUUCCAGUAAUCUGCGAGAAGGUCGAGAAGUCGGAUAUCGCGACCAUCGAUAAGAAGAAGUACCUCGUCCCGGCCGACCUCACCGUCGGACAGUUCGUCUACGUCAUCCGCAAGCGCAUAAAGCUCUCCCCUGAAAAGGCCAUCUUUAUCUUCGUUGACGAGGUCCUGCCGCCCACCGCCGCGCUCAUGAGCAGCAUCUACGAGGAACACAAGGACGAAGAUGGGUUCUUGUACAUUUCCUAUUCCGGCGAGAACACCUUCGGGGACUUCCCCUCGGCUUAA